AUGGAUAAAUUUGUAAUUCAACAAAGCGUUAAAACUUCAAAUAAAUAUGAAAAAACAAUAAAAGUAGUGAUAAGUCAAGUGAAAAAUCCAAAUUUUAUUAAAAUCUAUCCUUGGAUUGAAAAACAUGAAGAUGAAAAUGGUGUAAUUACUGUAUUUUGUUCUUGGUGUAAAGUAGCAAAAAAAGUUAAUCAGUUUAUGACAGAUAUACAGUCUUUACAAAAACAAACAUUUGAAAGACAUCUUGCAACUAAUGAUUAUUGA